AUUGUAUACUAUAAAGUUAACCAGUUCAGUAUGUUGAGUUUAUUGUGAAUAAAAGACCUGGGAUGUGCACAAGGGCCUUCAUGAUUCUAGCAGCAUCUAUCUAUGGAAAUCAUCCACGAAAGCAACUUGGGCACUUGAGCUUUGGUAAGUGCAAAUCUUUAGGGUAUCCAGGUAGAACCAUCCAUAGCAGCAGAAGGAUAUGUUUGUGAAUGCUGUACAUUUGUACAAUCCUGUAGUUGCAAUAGGUGCUAAUAGGUAGGGGAAACAUUUAAUUUAACUACAAAUGGAUACUAUGAAAUAACAACAGUAGUUGUAAUAUAGUACUGGUUAUUCAUUGAGGUGUAUUGCUAUCAAUAACCUUAGCACAGAACAUGACUUCAACAUUUCUUUUGAGUUAUUAGGGAAAAUAGGGAACUGCGUCAUAUGGUGGGUUCCACAAACGAUAUCUUUGGCUAAAGUUUUACUCAAAUAAACUGCAGCCACUUUUGUUUAAGAGCAAACACUAGCACUGGAGUAACAGUGUAGAUCAUUUGACCGUGACAGAUUACCUUCUUCCAUACUAUAUUUAGACCCCACCUCCCACUCUCCCCCAGCCGACCCCUGCCAAACAGCCGGUAUUUCCAUCUCAGCUAAGCAACUUGUAUCUGCUCGUCUAAAGCUCCAUAACAUGGGACACCGAUGAAUCUAGCUUGGUGGGUGGGUCCACCUGAGUUUCUCUGGUUCCUGCUGAAAGAAAGAUGGAGGCCAGGGUCCUCCGACUCCCGGGCCGUGCAAGUUCACCCAGUGGGUUUGGUCAGACCACGGUGCUGCGGCACAAAGAAGUUCACCAUUUCUUCUUUGUCCCAUUCAGGGAGCAGCCUAUCUACAGCACACGGGCGCAUGUCUUCCAGAUCGACCCCAAUACCAAGAAAAACUGGAUGCCCACCAGCAAGCAUGCCGUCACCGUCUCCUACUUCUAUGACAGCACCAGGAAUGUGUACAGAAUCAUCAGCCUGGACGGGUCAAAGGCUAUAAUAAACAGCACCAUCACCCCAAACAUGAGCUUCACGAAGACGUCGCAGAAGUUUGGGCAGUGGGCAGAUAGCCGUGCCAACACGGUGUACGGGUUGGGGUUCUCCUCAGAGCAUCAUCUAUCUAAGUUUGCCGACAAGUUUGCGGAGUAUAAAGAAGCAGCCCGCUUAGCCAAGGAGAAGUCUCUGGAGAAGAUGGAGCUGGCGAGCUCUCCCUCUCAGGAAUCGCCUGCUGAUAUUCACUCGCCUCUGACCCCUCCUGUCACUGCUGACCUCUGCCGAGUCAACGGCACGGGAGAUGAUGUCACCUUGUCUGAUGCAUCACCGAAUUCGGAGCUCCAAUCAGAUCUGUCCCCGACCACCCCGACCCUUGCGCACAGUCCGACUACCACGAAGCACUGGGAAGCUGAAUUGGCAGCUCUGAAGAGCAACAAUGCCAAACUCACAGCAGCGCUGCUGGAGUCCACUGCCAACGUCAAGCAGUGGAAACAACAGCUGGCUGCUUAUCAGGAGGAGGCUGAGCGACUUCAUAAAAGGGUGUCAGAACUGGAGAGCCAAAGUAGUCAAGCCAAUGCCAUCAAAUGUCAGAAAACAGAGCUCAACAAAACCAUAGAGGAGUUAGAGGCCACACUGAAGACUAAAGAAGAGGAAAUGGAGCGUCUGAGAGAGGAAGUGGAAAAAGCCAAGCAGCUACAGUCACAGAAAGAGACGCUCGAACAGAAACUCGAGGCCACAGAUGCGAGGAACAAGGACCUGGAGGAGCAGUUAGCUGAUGUGGAGCAGCGCCUGGAGACGAGCCAGCUGGAGCAGGAGAAUUUCCGCAAGAGCCUCAAAACGCUGCUGGAGAUCCUAGACAGCAAGAUCUUCGAGCUGACAGAGAUGAGGGACAACCUGGCCAAGCUCAUAGAGGACAGCUAGAACACGUUGCCUUCACCUCUGCCUCAGAAAACAUGGACUUGCUUGCGAGGUACACAGUGACAAGAACAAAAUGCACAGCUCUUCUGCCCAGACCUCGUCGUGUACUUUCACACUUUUAAAGCCUUCUUGACUGGAGGACACAUAUAAUUAUAUACUCACUUAUAUGGUAAUGAUAAGCAUUCAGUUGCACUUGAAUUUGUACUUUUUAGGUGAAUAAUAUUUCUUCAGUGCCACUGCUACCUUCUAGGAGAUAAUCGGCCGUAUAGCGCUCCCGUUCUUUUCUUAUGGUUAGAAUAUUAUUCAAAUCGUUUUCCUUAAUUGUACGCAGGUAGUGUAGAGAACGUAGGCAGCCUACAAAGGCGAACACUGCUGCACAUAGGCUCUUCCUUUCUAAGGUGCUGGUUUAGCGUGCCUGGUUAUUUGCGAUUAAAGGACAUCUACUAUGCUGCUGAGGACACUCGAGUCAAUCACACCCACCGGAUCGUCCGUUCCGAGCCAUAUGUUGUAGCCAGACCGUGUCGGCUUGCCUCGUCACCUUCAAGGAAACUGCCUCAAUGUUCAGUCAGAGCUUCAGGAUACUCUACCAUCGACUUCCUGACAAGAACAACCCUGGAAGUCUGGACACUUAGAUACAGGUGUGGCAUAUUGGCCUGUAAUGUACAAUGAGCAAUAUUUGAAACAGUCUUUAUGUCACCUCAGUGUAUUUAUCAGGUAUUCCAACUCUGGACUAAUCUGUGGACUUAUGUGAUUUAGUAGAUGUACCCCCGAUAGUUCUCCUCAGACCAGUUAUAGUGCUUUUGGAUUGUUUUGGCCUUAGAGUAUAAAUUCUGCACUGGAUAUCUGAUUCGAUGAGGAGGAAUCUCCUCAUUUUUUUUUGUUUGUUGCAUUACCAAAUGCAGUGUUCAACUUACAGUUUGAAAUCAUGUAUUAUUAUGAGAUGUAUAUGCUGAUGGAUAAGCUACAUAGAGCACUGUUAAUAUGAUUGUAUUUAUAGAUGGGAAGGUUCAAUUUUAAAAUUCCCAAUAUUAAUAAAAUAUUUCAAAAUAUCCACAAAAUGAUGCUUAAGAAAAGAGACAGUAUUUGUGUGGUUCAUCACAGGUGUGUGUGUGUGUGUGUGUGUCUCAGCCUGAUAAUAACAGCAUGUCACAAAAUGUUUUAUUGUAGUUAUAACACAGCAAUUUGCCAAGGGUUACACAUUUAAUAAUUAAUGAAAGACACAUCAUUCUAGUUCUGGUGAUCUGUCCGGGGUUAAUUCUCUUGCCGUAUGGCCAGGGUUCCUGGGAUCCAACAUAACUCCAGCCACCAAAAAUCUUGUGAUCCUGAAGAUGAAUUUAUAAAAAUCUCAUACUUUAGAUUAAUUUAUAACUACAUGUUUUGAUGUGAACUGUCAAAGAAAAGGGAUUUGCUCUUUUUGGGUCAGUGAAGCCUUUAAAAAUGUAUCUGAUUUUCUUUGUGAUAUUAUGGUCAUUAUUUGGCAAUGUAGAUAAACACCUACAUUGUGGCAAAAUGUGAUAGGUUAGUGCUGAAUUAAAAAAUAUUAUUUGCUUAUCUAUGUAAGAAAUCAGUAUAUAAUAAUAAUAAUAAUAAUAAUAAUUACAACGCAAUGUUGCUACUAUGUGAACAACAGUGGAAUAGCGCAUUACUAGAAAUCUGUCAGAGCCACUGUUAUAGAAAAUUAAUCAUCAGCUUUUGAUCAGUCAGACUUGAGAAUUAAACAGCACUGGGGCAUUAAGGUUUUUAAUACACUUUUUAAACACAGAUUAAGCUUAGCCUAUUGGGCUUCUCAGCUGACAUUCGUAUUCGUCUGAUUUAUUUGUGUACAAAUCAAACUAACCCCUGCAUGGUUGAAAAUUCUGGGCUUUGUUAAAAUAAACCCCAA